CGCCUCCGCCAAUCUGGACCCUCCUCGCGUUCCGUUCGUGCGUGCAAGCGGGCGCCGAGCUGGCUGGGCCGCGGAGGGCAGAUGGCGGACUCGCAGGCCUUCUGCGUGGCCGAGGAGCGCAGCGGCCACUGCGCCGUGGUGGACGGACACUUCCUCUACGUGUGGGGGGGCUACGUGUCUAUUGAAGACAAUGAGGUGUACUUGCCGAGCGAUGAACUUUGGACCUACGACAUUGACAGCGGGCUGUGGAAAAUGCACCUGAUGGAAGGAGAGCUCCCCACCUCCAUGUCGGGAAGCUGUGGGGCUUGCAUCAACGGCAGGCUGUACGUUUUUGGAGGCUAUGAUGACAAAGGCUACAGCAACCGACUCUACUUUGUCAACUUACGAACAAGAGAUGGAACUUAUGUCUGGGAAAAAGUCACCAAGUUUGAUGGACAACCACCCACACCACGUGACAAACUUUCCUGCUGGGUGUUCAAAGACAGAUUAAUAUAUUUUGGUGGUUAUGGGUACAGGAGGCACAGUGAACUUCAAGACUGUUUUGAUGUACAUGAUGCAUCUUGGGAAGAGCAGAUCUUCUGGGGGUGGCACAAUGAUGUCCAUGUGUUUGACACAAAGACAAGGACUUGGUCUCAACCUGAAAUUAAAGGUGGAGUUCCGCCACAGCCACGAGCCGCGCAUUCAUGUGCAGUUCUGGGAAAUAAAGGGUAUAUCUUUGGCGGACGCGUUUUGCAAACUAGAAUGAAUGACCUACACUAUCUAAACUUGGAUACCUGGACUUGGUCUGGCAGGAUUUCUGUUAAUGAAGAGAGCCCCAAACCUCGGUCAUGGCACACGCUGACAGCAAUCGCUGAUGACAAGCUUUUCCUAUUUGGUGGACUAAGUGCAGACAAUGUUCCUCUGAGUGAUUGCUGGAUUCACAAUAUCACAACAAACUGUUGGAAACAACUGAGACAUUUACCUUACACCAGGCCCAGGUUAUGGCACACGGCCUGUUUGGGAAAAGAAAAUGAAAUAAUGGUCUUUGGUGGGAGCAAAGAUAACUUACUUUUCUUGGAUACAGGUCACUGUAAUGAUUUAUUGAUCUUUCGAACACAGCCUUAUUCACUGCUCAGGUCAUGUCUUGACUGCAUUGGGAAAAAUGCUAUCAUUUUAAAAAGUCAGAUAUCUUUAUUACCUCCUAAACUUCUGCAGCAAGUUCUCAAAAAAAUAACAUUUUGGACUGCAGCCAAUUACCGAAAAGAGCAAAGAAUCCUAAAAGAAGAAACGGAAAAUAAGCCCCACUGGGUCAGUGGCCACUGAUGCUCUGAGUCCCCUGUGUCAGCGUGUUCCAGUCAGACUGCGUUUGACCCUCCCCUCCAGUUGCGGGUUUUAUUUAAAGGAUAAAGUUUGCAACAAAUGUUUUGCUACUGUGAUUACAUGAUAUGGGAUAUAUGGAAAUAAGAUGUAAUUGAAGAUUUGUCUGUGUAUUUGUAAACUGAUUUUCGUGUAAAAGAUUACGUGUUUUUUCUGGAAAUAAGUACAGUAGUAACAGUUCUUAACUCAGUGCGUACUUUUCUGGAAAUAUGUCCAUUUGAAAAACAAAUUACCCCCAAAUCUCCAGAAAUCCUCUAUCACAACUGUGGAUGUAGAUAUAAAAACACUGAUUAAUUACCAUUACUUUAAGAGCACCCAAGUGUCUCCUUAAAUAUCAUCAGAGCUUUCCGUCUACCCGCCGAGCAGGGGAGCUUGUCUAGAUGGUUCUGUCUGCACCGCGCAGGACCGCCUGGCUGGAGGUUGGUUUGUCUCACAGGCUUCGAAAUACUGGAGUGUGCGAUAACGAGCAGCUUUGGAUCAUGGGAAACCCACAUUGCCUUGGACACGCGUCUCUAAAGUGCUGUUUGCAAGCAAUGUAAAGUGACCAUCUGGUGGCCUUUGUGCUCUGCUGCCCCACAGAGUUGAGGCUUUGUCUAGACACCGCUUGUCCUGACGACAACCCCUCGCUCUCGGGAGACUGUACGGUUGCAUUCCUCAAAAUGGUACUUUGGCCAUUUUGAGACAUUUUUCUUCAUGUGCCCAGUCUCGUCCUUCCAUUGGGAUCCUUGUUACAAUCGAUUGCUAAAGGGUUCAGUAUAUGACAUAAUCUCAUCACUGUCACCGUGUGAGUUAUCGCUGAACUUUAAAAUGCUGUGAAGGUAUAUUUCUGUAUUGUAGAUAAUUUAUAGUGAAAAUUGUAGCGUUUCAUUAAACUGUAGAUAUGUUUUAUAAUGCUAUAUUUUGAAUGUGUAAAGCUUCUAUUUAUGUAUUGGGAUAGUUUGUGUUUACAUUUUAUUUAGUGAACUCAGUAUACAGAAUUAUCACCUCACAGUUUUCUCAGUGUGGACCAGUCAGAAUUCAUUCCAGUGUGGGGCUGGCAACGUGGCCCUGGAUGUAAAAGGACUUGCUGCACAAGCCUGGCCUGAGUUCAUCCCUGGUACCAGGUGGGAGGAAAGAACUAACGCCAUAAUGGUUGCCCUCUGACCUCCACAUGGGCUCAAGCAUAUAAUGCACACACAACAAUAGCAAAUAAAAAUUAUAAAUUUUA